UAGCGCUGAACUUUCGACUUUUAUUCCUUAUUUACAACAAUCAAUUGAAACAAAAUGGCAGCUAACCCAUACGGUCCUAAUCCCCACGAUUUCUUGUCGAACGUCAACAAGUUCGAGGUUAUUGAAUCUACCUUGAGAGAAGGUGAGCAAUUCGCCAAUGCCUUUUUCACCACCGAAAAGAAGAUUGAAAUCGCCAAGGCCUUAGAUGACUUUGGCGUUGACUACAUUGAGUUGACAUCCCCAGUCGCUUCCGAGCAAUCGAGAAAGGAUUGUGAAGCUAUUUGCAAGUUGGGCUUGAAAGCCAAGAUUUUGACUCACAUUCGUUGUCACAUGGAUGACGCCAGAGUUGCUGUUGAGACCGGUGUCGACGGUGUCGAUGUUGUAAUCGGUACCUCUCAAUUCUUGAGACAGUACUCUCACGGCAAGGACAUGAACUACAUUGCUCAAUCUGCCAUUGAAGUCAUUGAAUUCGUUAAGUCCAAGGGUAUUGAAAUCCGUUUCUCCUCCGAGGACUCGUUUAGAUCAGACAUUGUUGACUUGCUCAACAUUUACAAGACUGUCAGCAAGAUCGGUGUGAACAGAGUUGGUAUCGCCGACACUGUUGGAUGUGCCAACCCAAGACAAGUGUACGAGUUAGUCAAGACUUUGAAGUCCGUUGUUUCUUGCGACAUUGAGUGUCACUUCCACAAUGACACUGGUUGUGCCAUUGCUAACGCCUACACUGCCUUGGAGGCUGGUGCCAAGUUGAUUGACACCUCUGUCUUGGGUAUUGGUGAGAGAAACGGAAUUACCCCAUUGGGCGCUUUGAUGGCUAGAAUGAUUACCGCUGACAGAGAGUAUGUCUUGGGUAAAUACAAGUUGCACAAGUUGAGAGACUUGGAGAACUUGGUUGCUGAUGCCGUUCAAGUCAACAUUCCUUUCAACAACCCUAUCACUGGUUUCUGUGCCUUCACCCACAAGGCCGGUAUCCACGCCAAAGCUAUUCUUGCCAAUCCGUCGACCUACGAGAUUUUGAACCCAUCUGAUUUCGGCUUGACUAGAUACAUUCACUUCGCCAACAGGUUAACGGGUUGGAAUGCAAUCAAGAGUAGAGUUGAUCAGUUGAACAUCCAUUUGACGGACGACCAGUGUAAGGAAGUCACUAACAAAAUCAAAUUGUUGGGUGACGUCAGACAAUUGAACAUUGAUGAUGUUGACUCUAUCAUCAAGGACUUCCACAAUGAGCUCUCUACUCCUGUUUUGGCCCCAACCAACGGCGAGCCAGUGCCAAGUCUCGGCGAGCCAGCAGCCAAAAAACAGAAAUCCGAGUAAAAUAUUUGAACGUUGGCUCAUUUUUUUAACCAAGAUUUCCCUAGUGCUGUUUCAUUAUCACGAAAGUCAUGCGGAGUUUAAAGCCCCUCAACCAAAAAACAUAAAAAGUUUUUAACAUUUGCAUCUCCUUGCUAUUUUGACCAUAGUGUCUAACCCUGGGAUUUUUCCUUUACUUCACCACAAAGGUCUGGACCAAAAUCCGUUCCUUCAUUAUUUAUCCUCAAUACAGAGCCUUACGUAAUUCCAAUGUAGCUAUCACGUUCUUCGAAAUUAAUGAGGACUCAACAUGGACAACAACCCUUUAUGCCUACUCAAGAUAUGACAGCUGAGGUUAGGAGGCUUGCGUUG